AGCCCUUUCCGACCAACCAGGUGUUUUGUGUUUUAUAAUAACAAACCGAGACGAGAAAUUAAAAUAAUUUGUCAAUUUAACCAGAUAAAAUGGCAGUUCUACGUGGAUGGAGAUUUGUCGGCUUCGUGUCCUGUAUCGUCGGCGCCGUGGGCUUAACGCUGUAUCCUGUGAUUGUAGACCCGAUGCUAAACACCGAUAAAUACAAAUCCCUGCAGGAAUACAGCAAAAUUAAGAGAGACGAACUUCAACACAUAAAAAGGCAGUAAAAAUCCUGUUUAUAAGACUCCAAUUGUACCCUUAUGAACCCAGAUAUGUGUAUUUUCUGUUCACAUGAUAGGGCAGUACAAUGUACAUAUACUAAGAUCUGUUAAAAUAUAAAAAUAUUAAGAGCUUUAAAAUCA